AUGAGUGUAAGCGAGGACACCGAGAGGUGUACAAAGAAACCGAGAUUAGACGACAAGGUUGUGUUUCGAAUGGCCAAUCAAUUAGAGGGCAAGGCUGGUUUGGAGCAGAAUACUGAUCCAAAAGCCGACAAGAAGAAGUUAUCAAGCAACACAGACAAGAACAACAACGUUACUAACUUUCUGACGCACCAUGUUGUUGACCAAUCCAUGAUUCCCAGGGAUAACUUCCACAAGUACUGUUACAGGCAUAAUCCGGAUGUGACGUGUAACAAGAACACUGACCAAUGUAAGAUGGAUGAAAUACAAGAUGCAAUGGAGAAGAUUCCUCCCAGAGAUAGGGAAGCAAUCACGCAUGUAUGGUCAAUUUUUUCUGCUGCGCCGUACCAACACAGGUCUUUGAUUCUCCGUGGGUUGUUGUCACAGUGUUGUUUUCCUCAAUUGUCGAUGAUCUCAGAAGAGGUUAAAUCUUUGAUCAGACUGGACUUCAUUUCAACUUUACCGACCGAAUUAUCGCUCAAGAUUUUAUGUUAUCUAGACUGUGCUUCGCUAUGCAAUGCAGCACAGGUGUCCAGGAAAUGGAAGAGACUGGCAGACGACGAUCGAGUUUGGCACUAUAUGUGUGAACAACACAUUGAUCGUAAAUGUCCUCAAUGUGGAUGGGGAUUACCUCUAUUGGCUAUGAAGCGGGCCAGGCACAUUCCCGAUGAGGUCAGUAAAGAAAUUCCACAUACCACUGCUAUCGAUGUCAAGGACAAUAACACCAACAAAGCAUCAAAGAACACAAAUACCAAUACUACUGUUAGUAAAGAAGUCGCCCCCGCUGCUAGGAAAACGCGACCCUGGAAAGUAGUCUACAGUGAACGUUACAAGGUUGAAAGAAAUUGGAGAAAGGGUGUAUACAAAGUAAGAACCAUUGAAGGCCACACGGAUGGCGUAACAUGCAUGCAACUGGGUUACAAAAUAUUAAUGACUGGAUCGUAUGACUCUACUAUCAAGAUUUGGAAUCUAGAAACUGGUGCGUUAAUACGGUCGUUAGGUGGCCACACCAGAGGCGUACGCACUUUGGCAUUUGACGACCAAAAACUGAUCACUGGAGGUUUGGAUGGCACGAUCAAGGUUUUCAAUUAUCAUACAGGCGAAUGCAUCUCCACAUACCAUGGCCACAAUAACCAUGUUGUAUCUUUAGAUUUUAUUGGAAAGACUAUAGUUUCAGGUUCUGCAGAUCAAACUGUUAAAGUGUGGCACGUUGAAACAAGGACAUGUUACACCCUUCGUGGACACACUGACUGGGUCAAUUCUGUCAAGAUUCAUCCAAAGUCCAUGACUUGCUUCAGUGCCUCUGACGAUACCACAAUAAGAAUGUGGGAUUUGAAGACAAACUCAUGUAUCAAAGUUUUUGGCGGAGAAGAGAAUAAGGGACACGUUGGCCAGGUUCAGUGUGUGAUCCCCUUAAAUAUCAAAUAUGAAAUCGUUGAAGAUCUGGAGAAAGAUAACUUUGCAGACGAAACAAGGGAAGCCCAGGAUUCAGCCACUCCAGAGACAGAAGAGGAAAAAAACUAUCCUACGCAUAUUCUAACGUCAUCGUUGGAUACCACCAUCAAACUUUGGAACGUCAAGACGGGAAAAUGUGUAAGGACCCAGUUUGGUCAUAUCGAGGGAGUGUGGUCGAUCGCUGCCGAUACUUUCAGAAUCGUAAGUGGGGCCCACGACAGGACAAUCAAAGUAUGGGACUUACAGAGUGGGAAGUGUAUGCAUACCUUUGGUAGUAACGACUCAAGUGUAUCUUGUGUUUCACUCGGUGAUACUAGGUUUGCCAGCGGGCUGGAGAACGGUAAGAUAAAAGUUUAUUACUUUGACUAA